AUGCUCAGUCAUUCCGGUAUCAGUUUGAGUCCACGCAAAGAAGAGUCCAAGUUUCAAAUACCCAUGGCCGGAAUCGACUGGACAGAGCCGGUUGAAUGGCUUCUCGGUCUAAAGUCGCCCGAGCGGAACUCGCUUCCCCAUACCCACACCACGACACGCGGGGACACAGGGCGGGUUACCGUGUUGGGGUAA